AUGCUGCCUGUGAUCGGCUGGUGUGUGUUGCGAGAGCGUGGGAGCUGGCUGCUGGAGACAGACUAUGUGGAUGACAAUGGGAAGCAAGGAAUUGAAUUAGCUCUGGGUGUGGGCAACAACAACGUGUGUGUAGAGCAGUAAACCACACACAACAAGGUUCCUAUUAAAAACCUGGGGCGGUGCCUUUUCUCUUUCACAAUGUCUCUUCCAUUAACCAGUCUCCUUCUACUAAUAUCACUGUCUGCCAACUCUUUUCCAGUGAGCACCACUCCAUCUUUCACUCACACACUAUGGCAUUGCACAGGGGCUCAUUGCAACAUGUGUGCUGCAAACAUGUACAUUCACUGAAACGAUUAACAACCUUGUUGUGCGCACACAUACACAUUAAAAUGUGACUUUGCAAGUGUGUUCUCACACACAGACACAAACAUAUACAUACAUACAUACACACACACACACUAAAGGCGUCCGCAUACAUUGAUUCGGUUUGCUCCUAGCAGAACUCUGCUAGGCGAAGUGAACAUCUGUGCUCGCAUACUCCCUUAAAAUACAUUUGCUUGAAAAAUGAGAAAAAAGCGGCAAUAUUACUGUUUGUCCCUCUUGAGACGCCAUAGCCAGUACACACAUCUGUAAUGAAUUUUGCCGUUUUUGCAGAGGUCUUAGUCGCCUAAUUUGACAUCUAACAAAGAUGUUUGGUGCAGUAUUUCUCAAGUGACAAAAUAUGCAUGAGAAUUUGUCGUCUGUCGUUGAAUGACAAACACUUAAUUGAAGAUUCCCUACUAUUUACCAACCACUGAUGAAGGGGAGGUAGACUUCGGCUGCUGAACUUCGGCUUGCCUUAAAGAGCCUUGCCUUGCCUUGCUCGAACUGCCGAAAAUAAAACCUGCCGAACACCAGAAUGAACAAAAAUGUCACAUUUCAUUAUAAUAUACAGUGCAUUCGGAAAGUAUUCAGACCCCUUGACUUUUUCCACAUUUUGUUACGUUACAGCCUUAUUCUGAAAUUGAGUAAAUAAAAGAUUUGUCCUCAUCAAUCUACACACACUACCCCAUAAUGACAAAGCGAAAACAGGUUUUUAGAAAUAUUUGCUGGGUUAUUAAAAAUUAAAAACAGAAAUGCUUAUUUACAUAAGUAUUCAGACCCUUUACUAUGAGACUUGAAAUUGAGCUCAGGUGCAUCCUGUUUCCAUUGAUCAUCCUUGAUGUUUCUACAACUUGAUUGGAGUCCACCUGUGGUAAAUUCAAUUGAUUGGACAUGAUUUGGAAAGGCACACACCUGUCUAUAUAAGGUCCCACAGUUGACAGUGCAUGUCAGAGCAAAAUCCAAGCCAUGAGGUCGAAGGAAUUGUCUGUAGAGCUCUGAGACAGGAUUGUGUCUAGGCACAGAUCUGGGGAAGGGUACCAAAACAUAUCUGCAGCAUUGAAGGUCCUCAAGAACACAGUGGCCUCCAUCAUUCUUAAAUGGAAAAAGUUUUGAACCACCGACACUCUUCCUAGACCUGGCUGCCCGGCCAAACUGAGCGAUCGGGGAGAAGAGCCUUGGUCAGGGAGGUGACCAGGAACCCGAUGAUCACUCUGACAGAGUUCCUCUGUGGAGAUGGGAGAACCUUCCAGAAGGACAACCAUCUCUGCAGCACUCCACCAAUCAGGCCUUUUAUGGUAGAGUUUCCAGACGGAAGCCACUCCUCAAUAAAAGCACAUGACAGCCCCCUUGGAGUUUGCCUAAAGGCACCUAAAGGACUCUCAGACCAUGAGAAAGAAGAUUCUCUGGCCUGAUUAAACUAAGAUUGAAGUCUUUGGCCUGAAUGCCAAGCGUCACGUCUGGAGGAAACCUGGCACCAUCUCUACGGUGAAGCAUGGUGGUGGCAACAUCAUGCUGUGGGGAUGUUUUUCAGCUGCAGGGACUGGGAGACUAGUCAGGUUCAAGUGAAAGAUGAAUGGAGCAAAGUACAGAGAGAUCCUUGAUGAGAACCUGCUCCAGAGCACUCAGGUCCUCAGACUGGGGUGAAGGUUCACCUUCCAACAGGACAACGACCCUAAGCACACAGCCAAGACAACUCAUUAGUUGCUUCGGGACAAGUCUCUGAAUGUUCUUGAAUUGCCCAGACAGAGCUCGGACUUGAACCCGAUCGAACAUCUCUGGAGAGACCUGAAAGGCUGUAAUCGCUGCCAAAGGUGCUUCAAAGUACUGAGUAAAGGGUCUGAAUACUUAUGUAAAUUAAAUAAUUUCGUUUUUUAUUUAUACAUUUGCCAAAAAUAAAUUCUUAUUUUGCUUUGUCAUUUAUAGGGUAUUGUGUGUAGAUUGAGAUUUAUUUAUUUUUUAAUCAAUUUUAGAAUAAGGCUGUAACGUAACAAUGUGGAAAAAGUUAAGCGGUCUGAACACACACACACACACACACACACACACACACACACACACACACACACACAGAGGUUGAGAAGGGGGUUAUAAUUUAUAAGAGUUAGGUGUGCUCUUGCAGGACAGGCUGUUCAGAUUUAAAGCCAGUCAGUCAGGGGUGGGGUGGGGGUGCUUAUGUGUCUGAUCCAGUGCUGUUGGCAGCUUGGUCUUGCAUUUUUAUCAGUAUUUUCCUAAUGGGGAGGAGGGAUGGAGGGGGAUCAAACCUUAUUACAGCGAUCAUACAGCCUAAUAAACCGUUGUGUGUCAUCCUGUAAGGAGUGUGUUUGUGUAGGGUUAACCCUGACUGAGGUAACAGGGCUGAAUCACCUCAGGAGACUCCAGUAAUCUCUAAGUGAGACAACUGUAGUCAGUGAGGAAAUCUAACCCCUUUCAUUCAAUAGAGGUCUACCUCUCCCACUGAAGGGGCACAAGUUGGAACGUGGCAUGUUUCUGUUCACGUGAUUGUGUGUGUAGGCUACCGCGUGUGUUAGUGUGUGAUGGCACCUUGGUUGUGUGUGUGUGUGGUGGCGUCUUGUCGUGUGUGUGUGGUAUCCGUUGAAACAGGUAUGUGUAAGCAGGUGCCACGUGGUAGUGAAUGUACUAAGCUUGAGUGAGGGGCCGUGUGUAUUCACAGCUGCCCUGGGGUCUCCGAAUGUGUGUUGUGUGUGUGUGUGUGUCGCUCCGGCCACAGUAGCUGUUCUUUCUCCAAACCCACCACUAAUUCUCUUGACUUGAGAGCACACAUCUGGUCACACGCACAAAACACACAUACUGAAACACGACACACACAAACCAGUGGAGGCUCCUCAGAGGAUGAAGGGGAAGACCAUCCUCAGUGAAUUUCAGACAUAUUUUAAUUAAAAAACCAUUUUAAAAGUUAUCCUUUUUAGAUAAAUCUAUACUAAAUAUAUUAAUGUCACCAAAUAAUUGAUUAAAACACACUGUUUUGCAAUGAAGGUCUACAGUAGCCUCAACAGCACUCUGUAGGGUAGCAGCAUGGUGUAGCCGGAGGACAGCUAGCUUCCGUCCUCCUCUGGGUACAUUUAUUUCAAUACAAAACCUAGGAGGCUCAUGGUUCUCACCCACUUUCAUAGACAUACACAGUAAUUUUUUACAACUUCCAGAGGACGUCCUCCAACCUAUUAGAACUCCUGCAGCAUGAACUGACAUUUUUUCCACGCAAUCAAAGGUUCAGAGAAUGAAUCUAGUACUGAAAACGUGAGCUACAGCUAGCUAGCACUGCAGUGCAUAAAAUGUGGUGAGUAGUUGUCUCAGAGAGAGAAAGACAAUAGUUGAACAGUUUUGAACAAAUUAAUUUCAUCAAAAAUUAAGGAGAAGCAAGGGAUUUCUCCAACAAAAAAAAUAUCUUUCACUUACUUAGCUAACAGAUGCAGCUAGCUAGUUUAGCCUACUCUAACCGAGGGAUGCUAUGUUAGCUAGCUCUUCCAAGUCAAGGUAAUCUACCAGAAUAUGGUUGGGCCUAUCAUUUGCAUCGCUAUAUUUUUUCCUAUUCUUUAAUAGUUUGAAACCUGGACGUUUUACUUCAUAUUAUGAGGCAUGUCUUAAGCCUUACUUGAAAGUAGCCUAUAGCCAAAAUCCCACUAUAGAAACGUGGAGGCAAUUAUUUUUGUAAAGACUUUCUCAUUUGCUUUCUCCUGUUCUAUUGAUUUCCUUUCAACUUUCUUUAAUUGUCUAGCAGCCAAAGGCAUUAUCGUAGUCAUAUUAAUUAAAAUUAAUAUACUGUAAGUCGCUCUGGAUAAGAGCGUCUGCUAAAUGACUAAAAUGUAAAUGUAUACGCAAUGCCCACGGAAAAAUAAGUGGGUAUACGGCGUAUACCCUCCUCUACACCACAGUGCACAUCAGUCAUCGAUAAUUGAACCUCCGCUAUUAUUGCGCUUGCCAUUGGACACAACGCAACGCGAGCAGUAUUGCCGCUUUCAUUGAUUUCAAAGAAAGCAUACCAUUAAUGGCUGAUGGCAAUGCCGGAUGCCCGAUGGCUGUAUAGUAAAUAAAAUGGUAAUUCAUGAUUUCAUUGACAAAGCCUUUGAGUCUUAUCCUAUGAGUAUGUUCAUAUUUAGUCAGUUUUGUCUUUAAAACCAGACUCUCAGACAGGUUUUGGGAAUACUAUCACAGAGUUCUCCUCAUCCUAGAUCCGACACGCUCGUUUUUGUUGGCUUGGCCGGGCAGCAGAUAUUUUCAGCAGCUUUAGUCCUGACAGGAAUGCAGCCAGCUGCCUGGACACCCAGCCCAUGCUUGUCUUUUUGGUUACCUUGCUGUGGCUGAGUCUGCCGUUGUCUAAAUAUGGCAUCUUAUUUUUACCUGUCUGAACACAAACACACACAGCCAUACAGUAUCUUUCGCCACAUUUCAUUAACAUGUCACAUCUGUUAGUUCUGCGGUUGUGUUGAGGGAGAGCUGUUGGGCUACAGGAGUUAGUGUUUGGCUGUUUAGUGUUUUGCUUGUGUGAUAUGACUUCUGAAGGGAGAGCUUCAUUGUUAUUUCCAGGAGACAAAUUGAAAGCAGUACGCUUGAUUUCUCCUGACAUGCUCGUGUUGUUACUUAGCACAAUGCUAUGUACACUGAAAAAAUAUAUAAAUGUAAACUGUUGGUCCCGUGGGGGGGGAUUACUCAGGAGUAUUUCUGUCUAUAAUAAAGCCCUUUUGUGGGGAAAAACUCAUUCUGAUUGGCUGGGUCUGGCUCCCCAGUGGGUGGGCCUGGCUGCCAAGUUGGUGGGCCUAUGCCCUCCAAGGUCCACCCAUGGCUGCACCCCUGCCUAGUCAUGUGAAAUCCAUAGAUUAGGGCCUAAUGCAUUUAUUUAAAUUUACUGAUUUCCUUAUGAACUUCUAUGAACUGUAACUCAAUUGUUGCAUGUUGGGUUUAUUUUAGUUCUGUAUAUUUUAUUUAACCGAGAGAGAGAGAGGGAACAGAAGAAACAUUCCGACCAAACUUGAUUAAUAUAAAUAUCAAUAUACCAUCAUAACAAUGUUUAUAAUGAAUGGAACAAGGCCUUUCUUUUAAGUUGCACUUGAAACUCCCAUCCAACAGCCAGAGACAUGUUCCAUCUAAAAACAUAAAAGCACACUUAACUUAAUUGUACCUAUUACAGUAAACAAGGGCCAUUCUCAGGGAGUAGACUAGAGGUCCCCAGGAAAGGAAGGGAGGAGCGUCGGAGAGGCAAGGACCCUGUCUGUCUGGCUGACUGGUGGACUGAGAGCUGAAAGAGGCCCCUGGUUUAAUCUCCUGCCUGCCUGCCUGCCGAGGGAGCGUCAGAUGGCUCUGACAGAGAUAGACCAGCCCAGCUCACUGAGCACAGGCAACAAUUAAAGCUCCAGAUUAAGCGAGUUUUGGACUACUGAAAGCUGCUCUGUUCAUUUCUCUUCCUCCUUCUUCUGGUUCAUCUCUAUACUGGGAUUCCUUCCUCCCCCAGCGUAAUGGCACUGGCAGAACACACAGUACAUAUAUGUUUGUGGAUAGCUUGAGUAGACCUGCUGUGUGUUUGUGUUGAUACGUAUUUGAUAUAUUUUCAUGGAAUACAUAGCCUACAGGUGUAUUUAUUGGCUUGUCAACAUAGUAAGAACAUUGUUCAACCUGAGUGACUGGGAUCUUGUGGGAAAACACUGGUGUUGUUUGGCCCUCCUCCCCCAACGUGCGCGUGAGCAAACACACUUCCAGUCCCAAGCAGAGCAUACAGAGACAAUGAUAGGAAAUACAUUAGUAGGACCUCCAUUGUAUCUCCCCAUACAUCCUCAUUUCCUGUAUAGGAGUCAGAGCGGGUGGUUGUGGUGGUGCUGGAGAGGGGAAACUCCUGCCGCUCUCCUCCUCUCCCUGGGCCAGGGUGGGCACCCCCUGGAGGGGCUAGAGGAGUGGGAGGUCUGUCUGGGUCUAUCCCCAGGCAGAGAGGGCCUAAUCCAGCUCCCUUCUGCUGCCUGUCUGCCUGCCUGCCUGUAUGGUUGGCUCACUGCCUGGUUGACAGUGGUUGGAUGGCUUCCUGACUGGCUGGCUGGCUUACUGGCUGGCUUACUUACUGACUGUCUGGCUGGAUGGCUGUCUCUCUAGCUCUAAUCACAAGACCACUGUGUGACAUUAAACUUUGUCUGCUGCUUCUAUCCCCUGUAAUGGUGUAAACAAUGGCUUGGGGACCACAUGGCUGUCUGUCCUGCCGUCAGUUGGGUGUGUGUAGCGUUAUGCUGUGACCUGUCUCUUUUUACCUCAGCCAGACCACUGUCCUGGCUGUGUGUGUUCAUGGAUGUGUGGCGCUUUAUACUAUGACCCGUCUCUCUGUAGGCCUACCUAACCUCCCCAGGGCUCCAGACUAACCCUUACCCUACCUGACCUCCUCCCCAUUUCAGAUUGUCAGUGAUGUGUACACCGAGGAACUUUAAGCUUUUCACCUUCUCCACUGUGGCCCUGUUGAUGUGGAUGGGGGUGUGCUCCCUCUGCUGUCUCCUAAAGUCCACGAUCAGUUCCUUUUUGUUUUGUUGACACGGGAGAGGUUGAUUUCCUGGCACCACUCUGCCAGGGCCCUUACCUGCUCCCUAUAGGCUGUCUCGUCAUGGUUGGUAAUCAGGCCUACCACUGUUGUUGUCUGCAACGUAAUUAUUGAGUUGGAGGCAUGCGUGGCUGUGCAGUCAUGGGAGGACAGGAGGGGGCUGAGCACACACCCUUGUGGGGCCCCUGUGUUGAGGAUCAGCGUAUUGGAUGUGUUGUUGCCUACCUUCACCACCUGGGGGCAGCACGUCAGGAAGUGUAGGACCCAGUUGCACAGGGCGGGUUUCAGACCCAGGGCCCCAAGCUUAAUGAUGAGCUUGGAGGGUACUAUGGUAUUGAAGGCUGAGCUGUAGUCAAUGAAAAGCAUUGUUACAUAGGUAUUCCUCUUGUCCAGAUGGGAUAGGGCAGUGUGCAGUGCGAUGGUGACUGCGUCAUCCGUGGAUCUAUUGGGGCGGCAUGCGAAUUGCAGUGGGUCUAGGGUGUCGGGUAAGGUGGAGGUGAUAUAAUCCUUAACUAGUCUCUCAAAGCACUUCAUGAUGACAGAAGUGAGUGCUACGGGGCGAUAGUACCUAACCUCUUCCCCAGGGCUCCAGACUAACCCUACCUAACCUCUUCCCCAGGGCUCCAGACUAACCCUACCUAACCUCCUCCCCAGGGCUCCAGACUAACCCUACCUAACCCUACCUAACCUCCUCCCCAGGGCUCCAGACUAACCCUACCUAACCUCUUCCCCAGGGCUCCAGACUAACCCUACCUAACCACCUCCCCAGGGCUCCAGACUAACCCUACCUAACCUCUUCCCCAGGGCUCCAGACUAACCCUACCUAACCUCCUCCCCAGGGCUCCAAGACUAACCCUAACCCUACCUAACGUCCUCCAGGACUCCAGACUAAACCUAUCCCUACCUAACCUCCUCCCCAGGGCUCCGGACUAACACUACCUAACCUCCUCCAGGACCACAGACUAACCCUAACCCUACCUAACCUCCUCCCCAGGGCUCUAGACUAACCCUAACCCUACCUAACCUCCUCCCCAGGGCUCCAGACUAUCCCUAACCCUACCUAACCUCCUCCCCAGUGCUCCAAGUCUAACCCUAACCCUACCUAACCUCCUCCCCAUGGCUCCAAGUCUAACCCUACCUAAUCUCCUCCCCAGGCUAAUUGCGAGCUUGUAUAGGAAGUAUCUGGUUCGUGAGACUACUCUGUACCUGAGCCCGACUACUGACCAUGUAGAUUGGUACUUCCGCUGUACUGACCCUCACACCCAUCUCUACCUCUCUCUCUCCCUCUCUCCUUCCCUCCCCAGGUGUGCCACCACUCAGACUGCCAGGACCUGAACAACAAGAGCCCUCUUCACCUGUGUGAGUCAUGUGACUCCCGCUGCCACCUGGAAGACACAGACAACAUGCACUUUGACCGACACCCCCGCUUUGACCUGCAACCCCAAGGUACACAACAUUACCCAGUACCCACCACAACAACAGCUUCACACCCAGACUUCCUCCCCACUAGUUUGUAUACAUUUAGUGCCCAAUCCUACACUCAGGUCAGGUUAUAUGACAGGUCAGGUUUUAACUCCCAGAGCAACGCUUGCGUCAAGUCUUUUGAGUCAAAGAAAUAGAUUCCCCUCGACCAUACGGGUGGCAGGUAGCCUAUCGAGCGUUGGGCCAGUAACCGAAAGGUUGCUUGUUUGAAUCCCAGAGCCGACAAGGUGAAAAAUCUGUCGAUAUGCCCUUGAGCAAGGGACUUAACCCUAAUUGCUCCAGGGUCGUUGAUAAUGGCAGACCCUGGCCAUGACCCCACUCUCCGAGGGUGCCUCAGUGAGAGUUGAGAUAUGCAAAGAACACAUUUACAAUUCACACAUGCGUAUUAAUACACACUUAAGGCGUCCUGUAGCUCAGUUGGUAGAGCAUGGCACUUGCAACGCCAGGGUUUUGGGUUCGUUUCCCACGGGGGGCCAGUAUGAAAAAUUUAUGCAUUCACUAACUGUAAGUCGCUCUGGAUAAGAGCAUCUGCUAAAUGACUAAAAUGUAAAUGUUGUACAUGUGUGAAAUGGGACAAAUACUGUUUAAGCAAAUUAUUGUUAUUGUUACAUGCAUGAAAAUAAACACUAGCACAUCUUCCUGUUCCACCACUGACUUCCCUCCACCCGUGAUUUUUAUCUUAAACUGGGUUCAUGGCCUGAAGAUAUGAGACUGUCUGUCAUGCAAUGACGGCUUCUAGGCUCAUUGAACUGAUGUUAGUCGUGACAGCAAGAACGUUUUGAAUUUCCUGUUAACAUUUUGUCAGGCUAGAUUAAACUGGAAGUACCUGUGUUUAUUAAGGAAAGUGUUAUUAAAGAGUAGUAUUAAAGAUCUCUAAGAGAUUCUGUGUAACCCCCCCGUGUAAGGUUCCAUCCUGGCCCGGAACGUGUCGACGCGCUCCUGUCCCCCCCCCAUCAGCCCCCCCUCUGACCUGGAGGAGGAGGAGGAGGAAGGGGGCAACAACCGAGGGUAUGUCACUCCUGGUUAUGCCUAUGAUUUAUUACAUUGUCUAUCUGUCUGCAUGGCGCUUGUCACUUUGGUUUAAAAUACAAAAUGGACACUAGAUCAGUGAGGAGUGUCCUCUUUGACAGCACUGAUCUAUUAAUAUACAAUAGUCGUGGUUAUGCUUAAAUUAGUGUUGACCUGUUAUUCCAUAGAUCAGGGAUCAUCAACUACACUGCUCAAAAAAAUUAAGGGAACACUUAAACAACACAAUGUAACUCCAAGUCAAUCACACUUCUGUGAAAUCAAACUGUCGACUUAGGAAGCAACACUGAUUGACAAUAAAUGUCACAUGCUGUUGUGCAAAUGGAAUAGACAACAGGUGGAAAUUAUAGGCAAUUAGCAAGACACCCCCAAUAAAGGACUGGUUUUGCAGGUGGUGAUCACAGACCACUUCUCAGUUCCUAUGCUUCCUGGCUGAUGUUUUGGUCACUUUUGAAUGCUGGCGGUGCUUUCACUCUAGUGGUAGCAUGAGACGGAGUCUACAACCCACACAAGUGGCUCAGGUAGUGCAGCUCAUCCAGGAUGGCACAUCAAUGCGAGCUGAGGCAAGAAGGUUUACUGUGUCUGUCAGCGUAGUGUCCAGAGCAUGGAGGCGGCUACCAGGAGACAGGUCAGUACAUCAGGAGAUGUGGAGGAGGCAGUAGGAGGGCAACAACCCAGCAGCAGGACUGCUACCUCCGCCUUUGUGCAAGGAGGAGCACUGCCAGAGCCCUGCAAAAUGACCUCCAGCAGGCCACAAAUGUGCAUGUGUCUGCUCAAACGGUCAGAAACAGACUCCAUGAGGGUGGUAUGAGGGCCCGACGUCCACAGGUGGGGGUUGUGCUUACAGCCCAACACCGUGCAGGACGUUUGGCAUUUGCCAGAGAACACCAAGAUUGGCAAAUUCGCCACUGGCGCCCUGUGCUCUUCACAGAUGAAAGCAGGUUCACACUGAGCACAUGUGACAGAGUCUGGAGAUGCCGUGGAGAACGUUCUGCUGCCUGCAACAUCCUCCAGCAUGACCGGUUUGGCGGUGGGUCAGUCAUGGUGUGGGGUGGCAUUUCUUUGGGGGGCCGCACAGCCCUCCAUGUGCUCGCCAGAGGUAGUCUGACUGCAAUUAGGUACCGAGAUGAGAUCCUCAGACCCCUUGUGAGACCAUAUGCUGGUGCGGUUGGCCCUGGGUUCCUCCUAAUGCAAGACAAUGCUAGACCUCAUGUGGCUGGAGUGUGUCAGCAGUUCCUGCAAGAGGAAGGCAUUGAUGCUAUGGACCGCCCGUUCCCCAGACCUGAAUCCAAUUGAGCACAUCUGGGACAUCAUGUCUCGCUCCAUCCACCAACGCCACGUUGCACCACAGACUGUCCAGGAGUUGGCGGAUGCUUUAGUCCAGGUCUGGGAGGAGAUUCCUCAGGAGACCAUCCGCCACCUCAUCAGGAGCAUGCCCAGGCGUUAUAGGGAGAUCAUACAGGCACGUGGAGGCCACACACACUACUGAGCCUCAUUUUGACUUGUUUUAAGGACAUUACAUCAAAGUUGGAUCAGCCUGUAGUGUGGUUUUCCACUUUUAAUUUUGAGGGUGACUCCAAAUCCAGACCUCCAUGGGUUGAUAAAUUUGAUUUCCAUUGAUAAUUUUUGUGUGAUUUUGUUAUCAGCACAUUCAACUAUGUAAAGAAAAAAGUAUUUAAUAAGAUUAUUUCAUUCAUUCAGAUCUAGGAUGUGUUAUUUUAGUGUUCCCUUAAUUUUUUUGAGCAGUGUAGAUUCAGCCGCGGGAUUAUCUUUUCUUGAGCGGAUGGUCAGGGGGCCUGAACAUAAUUACAAAUAAUUUGUAGACUGUAAAUUGACUUCAAGAAGCCCAAACAGAUAUAAUAUUUGACUAAAGCAUAAUAAUUUCAAACCUUGCUUACAUUUUGUAUACGAUCACAUAUAUCUAUAUUUUAUACAUGGGAAUACUUUAGAACUUGAUUUCCAAAAUUAAAAUCCUUUGGAGCUGAUUUGCUCAGAACUUAGGGGGCUAAAUAAUAUCACAUACGGCCCACCAGUUGGGGAAUCUUGGCAUAGAUGUUCAAUUACACUAUGUACAUAUGACUGGGGUUUUUUUCUUCCAGGGAGCGUAAAGCUGGGGGCCUGAAGUUGGUGAAGAAGAAACCACGGCGACGGCACACCGAUGUGAGUAUUGAUACAGACAAUAUACGCCCCUUAGGAAACCACAUCACUCCACCUUAGCUCCUAAUAGUAUUGGGUCACCCAAUACUAUUAGGAGCUAUGUUGGUCAAAACAUAGCUGUCUUAUUGUAUGUGGUGGAAAGUUAAUUGUAUGAUGAUCACAGUGCCAACAUGACUACAGGCUUCAUGCUGUUAGUAUACCACUGAAAAUGGCAACAAUUCUCAGCAGAGGCCGGGGACCCACACACCACACACACAUAUCAGUCAACAGUUUGGACACCUACUCAUUCAAGGGUUUUUCUUUAUUUUUAGUCUUUUCUACAUUGACAUCAAAACUAUGUUAUAACACAUAUGGAAUCAUGUAGUAACCCAAGAAGUGUUAAACAAAUCAAAAUAUAUUUUAUAUUUGAGAUUCUUCAAAUAGCCACCCUUUGCUUUGAUGACAGCUUUGCACGCAUUCACUCAACCAGCUUCACCUGGAAUGGUUUUCCAACAGUCUUGAAGGAGUAUGCUGAGCACUUGUUGCCUGCUUUUCCUUCACUCUGCCAUCCGACUCAUCCCAAACCAUCUCAAUUGGGUUGAGGUCGGGGGAUUGUGGAGGCCAGGUCAUCUGAUGCAGCACUCAAUCACUCUCCUUAUUGGUAAAAUAGCCCUUACACUGCCUGGAGGUGUGUUGGGUCAUUGUCCUGUUUGAAAAACAAAUGAUAGUCCCACUAAGCCCAAACCACAUGCUGGUUAAGUGUGCCUUGAAUUCUAAAUAAAUCACAGACAGUGUCACCAGCAAAGCACCCCCACACCAUAACACCUCCUCCUCCAUGCUUUACGGUGGGAAUUACACAUGCGGAGAUCAUCCGUUCACCCACACAGUGUCUCACAAAGACACAGCGGUUGGAACCAAAAAUCUCAAAUUUGGACUCCAGACCAAAAAACACAUUUCCACCGGUCUAAUGUCCAUUGCUUGUGUUUCUUGGCCCAAGCAGGUAUUUUCUUCUUAUUGGUGUCCUUUAGUAGUGGUUUCUUUGCUGGAAUUCGACCAUGAAGGCCUGAUUUACGCAGUCCCCUCUGAACAGUUGAUGUUGAGAUGUCUGUGACUUGAACUCUGUGAAGCAUUUAUUUGGGCUGCAAUUUCUGAGGCUGGUAACUCUAAUGAACUUAUCCUCUGCAGCAGAGGUAACUCUGGAUCUUCCUUUCCUAUGGUGGUCUUCAUGAGAGCCAGUUUCAUCAUAGCGCUUGAUGGUUUUUGCGGCUGGACUUGAAGAAACUUUCAAAGUUCUUGACAUUUUCCGUAUUGACUGACCUUCAUGUCUUAAAGUAAUGAUGGACUGUCGUUUCUCUAUGCUUAUUUGAGCUGUUCUUGCCAUAAUAUGGACUUGGGUCUUUUACCAAAUAGGGCUAGCUUCUGUAUACCCCCCCUACCCUGUGACAACAAACCUGAUUGGCUCAAACUCAUGAAGAAGGAAAGAAAUUCCACAAGUUAACUUUUAAGAAGGCACACCUGUUAAUUGAAAUGCAUUCCAGGUGACUACCUCAUGAAGCUGGUUGAGAGAAUGCCAAGAGUGUGCAAACCUGUCAACAAUGCAAAGGGUGGCUAUUUGAAGAAUCUCAAAUAUAAAAUAUAUUUUGAUUUGUUUAACACUUUUUUUGGUUACUACAUGAUUCCAUAUGUGUUAUUUCAUAGUUUUGAUGUCUUCACUAUUAUUCUACAAUGUAGGAAAUAGUAAAAAUAAAGAAAAACCUUUGAAUGAGUAGGUGUGUCCUAACUUUUCACUGCUACUGUAUAUAUAAUGGUCUCCAAUGGUUCGUCCCUGAGUGUUUUUGGUCAGUCAGCCUGCAUGGUAAAGGGCCUCCAUGUGGAUCUACUGCGAGAGAAAUCACUACAGGAGCUCUGGCCUCUUCAGUUUUACAGCCAUGAACUUAUAUUGUCUGUCGCCCCCUGCAGGACCCCAGCAAGGAGUGCUUCAGCCUCAAGUUUGAUCUGAACGUGGACAUUGACACAGAGAUCGUCCCCGCUGUGAAAAAGAAGACCCUGAGGUGAAUUGGUAGUGGGCUGAAUAAAUAGGAAUGAUUGUGACCGAUUUGUGUCAUUCUGUUUAAGGUCUGGUCUGACUUUGUCCAAGGCAUGGGAUCAUAGACAUACAAUAUAAUAAUGCUCCAUUUGAUUAUUUGCAUAAACAUAUGGUGUGAGUGGUCUCUGUUGACUCUCAGUCCUGUGUUUACAUAACUGUAUUGGGUGAAUGGUCUAUACUCUGUGUUAAUUCUGUUCUCUCUGUCCUGUGUGUUCCUCUAUUCCAGGGAGGUGCUGGGCCCUGUGUUUGAGCGUAAAGGUAUUGAGUUAUCCCGGGUAGAUCUGUUCCUAGACCAGUCCAACACUCCACUGUCCCUGAACUUUGAGGCCUACCGCUUCGGGGGCCACUAUCUCAAGGUCAAAGGUUAGAGUCCACCAGAACACCACAUCUAAUUUUGUUUUCCUCCAGCUUCACAAUGAAUAGAAUAAAAUAACUUUCUUUCCCCAGUGAAUCUACCUCUGUCUGUGGAAGUAUGGGUGUUUUUGAUUCUAAGCAAACCAAGGUACAAUGUGUUUCAACUUUUGAUUACUACCCUGCACUGAAAACUACAUUUUAAGGGUUGACGAAAUAUGAAACAAACACCAAUCUAAUGAAUUUGCCUUUAUUAGAGAAUAUUUGGCUUCUGUUUGUACCCCCUAGCAUAAACAAUGUCUGGGUGGGAACAGAUGGCAGGGCCUCAGUUUCCUGUCUCUCCCUUGAUUCAGAGGAAACUGGACAGGGCAUCCCCCAUCUUGGAUCCCUGUAGGAGACUGUGGCCUUUUCUCAUUUGGGCAAAAAGUCAGACCUCCAGCCUAUCUCCUCCGUCCUUUCUCCUCCCAGACCCUCAAACCCAUAAGUGGUUUAGUAGUCGAGGAGAAGUCAAUUCGUUAGUAGGCGAACGGAUGAGUGUUCUCCCGUCCUCGAUAGCUACCUUUUAUUGAGGAUAGUCAUGUGUAUCUUACCGGAGUCCCUCGCAGAAGAGUUUUGAAAUCUGCCACACCCGCUUUGAAUCAGCUUUUGCUUUGUCGGAGGAGAAAAGCAUACAGACGUUUAAAAACAACAUACUACUUAUCGUUUAAUCUAUAAAAUGUCUUGCACAACUAACAUCAUUUGUUUUUCACUUUACACAUUUAUUUUGGGAUCUACCCCUGUAAACAUUAUUUGCCUGAUAACGCGCGAGUGGAGAAGGAGUCUGAUUUCAUACAAGCGCAUUUUCGUCCACUUUCCCUCUCCUCGCCGCCUCUCCUUGAUUACCUUGGCCCUUUUUCAAAAGGAGGUGAGAGAGGACGCAGGAGUUGAGCAAAUCCAAUUGAGAAAAGGCCUAUAUCUGUAGCAGCGGCCUUUGGAUCAAAGACUCAUAGACAGGUUAGCUGAGAACGUCACGAAAACAGCGCGCACGCUUCUAUGGGCCAGAAGGCUGUGUUGUGAUUCUGGAUGGCCAGAUAGCUAGCAACAAUGACAUGAGGGAAAUCGUAGGUGGCUCGUUUCAGUUAGUUUUAUCUUGUUCUUAAUGUCUUGUUUUGGGGUGUGUUUUCUAGACUGGAAGGGAAAGGUGAUACCUAGUCAGUUGCAAAAACUGAAUGCUUUCAACUGAAAUGUGUCUUCCGCAUUUAACCCAAACCCUCUGCAUCAGAGAGGUGGGGGGGGGCUGCCUUAAUCGACAUCUACAUCAUCGGCGUCCGGGGAACAGUGGGUUAACUGCCUUGCUUAGGGGCAGAACAUUUUACAUGUUUACAUUUUAGUCAUUUAGCAGACGCUCUUAUCCAGAGCGACUUACAGUUAGUGAGUGCAUACAUUUUCCAUACUGGCCCCCCGUGGGAAUCGAACCCACAACCCUGGCAUUGCAAGCGCCAUGCUCUACCAACUGAACUACAGGAGGCCCUGUAGAACAGCAGAUUGUCAGCUCGGGGAUUCGAUCCAGCAACCUUUCGGUUACUGGCCCAACACUCCUACCCGCCAGGCUAGCAACUCAUCCAAUUCAAUCUGCAGCUAAUAAGCCAAUCUUAAAAGCUAGCCUUGUAGUAUAAUAUUUUCCCAAUCUAAUGUUUAAAAGGGGAUCCUGUUUUGGAGCCUGAGGAGAGAGAACUUCAACAGGAAGCUAGUCCUGAAAUAAAUAAAUAUUGAUACCGUUUUUGAGAUGUACUUCUCUAUUACAACUACCUACCUUCAAUAAGAGAAUUAUAACACACAAAGCUAACCCUCAAUGUUGGUUCCUCCUCAGCACGGCCGGGUGAUGAGCUGAAGGUGCAGCAGGGAGUGAAGGACCUGCGCUCGCUCAGUCUGCCCAACAUGAAACCCUCCUCUGGGGGUCAGAGCCCCUACAUCCUCACCCCGGGCAGCGAGAGGGUGGAGCACGGCUCCCUGGGACGCAAAGAGAGCAACGUCGACCUGCUGGUCAGUGCAGCCUCUACUACA